AUGUCUAACUGUAAUCCUAUGCCUACUCCACUACCACAAAACAUGGACAAGCAGAGUCAUGAACUCUUCUCAGAGCCAACAUACUUCAGAAGCCUUGCAAGAAAGAUCCAGUAUCUUACAAUAACCAGACCUGACAUUCAAUUUGCUGUCAAUUUUGUAUGCCAAAGGAUGCAUGAACCUACAGUAUCUGACUUUGCUUUUCUCAAACGCAUACUCCGAUACAUAAAGGGAAUUCUGCACAUGGGUAUAUACAUAAAAAGAAGCUCCAACUUGUCACUCUCGGCAUUCUGUGAUAGUGACCAUGCCGGAUGUAAGAAGACCCGACAGUCCACCACUGGUUUUUGUAUACUUCUCGGUCCUAAUAUGAUAAGUUGGUCAGCAAGAAGACAAGAAACAGUCUCAAAUUCAUCAAAAAAGGUAGAAUACAGAGCUUUAACAGCCACUGCUCAUGAAAUUACUUGGCUUUCGUUCCUUCUACGUGACUUACAGGUCUCACAGCAGUUCCCUACUCUGCUCCGUUGUGACAACCUCUCUGCAGUGUACUUGAGUGCAAAUCCAGCGCUGCACAAACGGUCUAAACACUUCGAAACUGACUUUCACUACAUCAGGGAGCAAGUAGCACUAGGACACAUUGAAACGCAACAUGUACCUACACAAUUGCAACUGGCCGAUAUUUUUACUAAGUCUUUACCAAAGCGGGAAUUUGAGGAUCUAAGAGCCAAACUUUGUGUUGGUGCUUCACCCACCACAAGUUUGAGGGGAAAUAUAAGUGAUAUAGGUCAAAUGGAUCACAAAACAGUCCAACAAGGAAGAGGCCCAUUGCAGAAGCCCAAUCAACACUCUCAAGUGAAGACAAAGAUUGUACCUGCGACUCCCCUACUCCAUAAUAAAUUCGGUGUCUUGCAGGAUAAGGAUAGUGACUAG